CGCAAACGUCUUCGACGCUGUCGCCGCGGCCGUGCGCACGCGUGCAUCGCUGAUGCUCCAACACACCCAGAUGAUUGCCACGCCCCUGCACCCGCGCCCACUGCUGGGGCAGAGGAGCACAGCUACCGCGCUGUCCAUGACGACAGCACACACCAACAUCCUGCGCGGAGGAACGUACACGCUACAGCGUCACACCCUCCGUGCAGCCAUCACAGCAGCCAACGAGACGACGACGGGCCUGGUGUAUUACGCCAAGGACAUGGGUGUGAGCCCGGUGCCCGUGUUGCUGUUGCACCCAUCCAAUCCAGAGAUGUUCCCACACUCGCAGUCUCCAGUUGCUUUGGACACCAUUUUCGCCUUUGGCAGGAGCAACCCAGCGUACGCCACUGCCUUUGCGCCAUUCAACGCACUGCGCACUGCUGCGCUUGAGUUCUUUGCUGCCAGAUUCCCCCACAUCCGCCUCAACCCGCGUGUCACCGACACCUUUGCCGUGCCCUGCGAUGAGCAGCUGUAUGGCGAGGCACAGCGCGUGCCCGAUGCUGUCAUCGGCACGGGUCCAGGCACGUGCAUCCCGGAGUUUGGCCGCGUUGUUGCGCGCGACGGUGUACCGCUGCUGGUGCCGGGGCUGCCAAACACGGAGCUGUCAGACAAGGGGACGUACCCAACGCUGUUUCGCCUGGGCACCACCACCGCCGUCUACACGCACAUCCUGGCGCACAUGCUGGAGGACCUGGGCGCGUCGUGCGUCUCCAUGGUCUACAACGCGGACGGCGGCGAGCUUGCAGAGACCUUCUUCGUGCUCGCGCAGGCGGAAGGGCUUGAAGUGCGGCUGCAUCUCCCGUUCCACAGCGCCUCGUCAACCAGCGCCGUCCUGGACAGCAUCAUCGCCGCAGACUCACAGCACGUCCUAGUCUCUGGGCACGGGGUUGAGGUGAUUGAUUUACUUGAGGAGGCGCACGGUCGCGGCAUGCUGCAGCCGCCCUGGGUGUGGAUCAUCGCAGGACCGUCUGUCACCUUCAGCGCGUUUCCGCCGUAUGUUGUGGAAGCUCUGGAUGGCAUCCUGCUCACGACCACACCAGGCCCGGCCUGCACAUCACCCAUUGGGAAGGAGUUUCUGGCAUUUGAGUCCAGUUCGCAGCACACCACGUUCACGGCGGAAACAGCCAGCCAUGCGUUUUACCUGCAGUUUGUUGAUGCCAUUAACGCAUACGUACACGCCGUGGACGCCACGCGAUACACGUUUGGCUUUGAGUUUGACCAGCAGCGGCGGCGGGCGGCGGUUCUGCAGGGGCUGCGGGCAUUCGCACCAGGCAGUCCGCUCCCUGGCAUUGGUGAUCCGCACGUCCAAUUUGACGGGAACCAGGACGCAUUUGGCACGUUGCAGCCGGCGUUCCUGAUCAACAGCACCUUCCACCCGCUGAGCGCCGCUACGAUCGACCAGGACUUCACAAUCGACGAAGCCGCGCGGGCCCUGGUGCCCAUCCAGUCCGCCUGUCGGGCGCCGGUCACGCUCGCCCCUGUGGGCGACGAUGCUGGCACUGGUGGUGGUGGUGGUGGCGCUUCCACGCUCAGCAGCGGCCUUGCAGCGCUAUAUGCCAGCGUACUUGUGCUGGCCGCAUUGAUCAUCGUUGCAACGGGCAUGGCAGUGGAGCAGCGGCGACGGGCGAAGAGGAAAACGGCCAUGCGCACGCACGACUUCCGGGCCGAGCUGGAGGAGAUGCAGCUCACGCACCGCGGUAUUGUGCCGGCAGAACUCAAGCGGCAGCACAUCCAGAUUGAGAACAAACUCGGGGAGGGGUUCUUCUCACAGGUGUGGAAGGGAACACUCAUGCGCCCACCACAGCACCUCAUCCAACGGCAGCGACAACAAGCAGGGACAACAGCCACAGCCACAGCACUUGACACACGUGCCAUGCGCCAUCGCACAUCCUUCAGCAGCACCAACACAGGACACCGCCUGCCACGCCGGGUGAGCUGGGUACAUGGCGGCCCUAACAAUGACAACAGCAACCAUGAUGGCGGUGGUGGCGGCGGUGGCGGCGGUGCGAGUCAUAUUGGUGAUGGCGAUGUGGGCGGAGAGGGUUGGAAGCAGGAACCGCUGGCUGUCUCGCAAACUCCGAUUGUCACCGGCGAUGAACACUCAGACGGUGGCGAUGAUUCGGACGACAGCAACAGCAUCACUUUCAGCUCGAGUGAUGGUGACGAUGACGAUGCCUGGGGCGGUGAGACCUGGGGCGGUGAGACCUGGGGCUGCGACGAGAAACAUCACGAUGCUGCAUACAAUGUUGCCGAUGAUGCUGGUAGUGGAGGUGUUGGUUGUUGUCAACGUGGCAGCUGGCUGAGACGCCUGUUUUCGGCCUUGGCUGCUUUGGUUUCGAGGUGGCACAACAGGGCGACAGCGAUUGGUGACACCGCGCUUCCCGUUGCUGUGAAGAUGACGCGGGCAUUCCCUGACGGCACGUACGACGACACCAACUUGCGGUAUGAGGCCGCGUCUCUGGCGCAGUUUCGCCACUGCAAGAACAUUGUGCAGCUGCUUGGCGUGGUGACGGCUGGUGACCAGCCCAUGCUGCUUGUGCUGGAGUACUGCGAGCACGGGGCGUUGGAUUCGUUCCUGCAGCGCUACACGCUUCGCCGCCAACUCGACUGGGCCACAAAACUCAAGAUGGCCCGCGACAUUGCCAGAGGCAUGCGGGCCAUUUCCAUUUCCACGGCUGGCGCGUUGCACAUGGAUCUUGCUGCACGCAAUGUGCUUGACCACCAGUACUACGAGAUGCACCAGGAGAAGAUCAUCCCUGUCCGUUGGACGGCGCCCGAAGUCCUCAACCUCCAGCGGUUCUCCACUGCCAGCGACGUUUGGAGCUAUGGCAUUGUGCUGUUUGAGAUUGCGACAAAUGCGUGCGAGAAGCCGUACAGCAGCAUGUCCAACACCGCUGUGGUGGAGGCUGUGUCCUCUGGCCAUCGCCUGCCCUGCCCUGCGUGCUGUCCUCUCGAGGUGUACGGACUCAUGCUCCAGUGCUGGAUGGCGGAUCCUCAGGAACGCCCCUCAUUUGCCGAUAUCGCACACACGCUCACGUCCACCAUGCGCACAGUGGCAGCGGGCCGCGAACUGCAGGGAACACUGCACAUCACAGGGACGCAGAUGGCGCUGGGUGGUCGUGGCAGCCGUGGUAGUUGUGCUGUUGGGAGCGGUUGUGGUAGCAGUAGUGGGACUGAUAGUGUUGGGAGGAACAGCAUUGUUUCAGGGCCGCAGAAGAGGGGCAGCGACUCCGCUGCGGUGUCGUGGGAUGGGGGCAGCGGUGCUGAUGCUGUUGAUGUUGCGAUGCAACAAGAACAACAAGAACAACAAGAGCAACAACAACAGCAGCAGCACCAGACAUCGGCAACUCCUGUUGCGCCAGUCAUGUGUGCUGGUCCAAACAUUGCUCAACCACAGCAACAGUGUUACGUGCAACAUCAGCAGAUCUUCUUCCCCUCAGAUAACCAACAGCAUCAGCAGCAGUACCAGUACCAGCAGCGAGCAGACGGCUCGCCACUUGUGCCGCCGAGGGAUGUGGUGAAUAUCAUGUCCAAGCUGAAACAGCAGGGCUUUGCAAUGCACCGGCACGACGCACCGCAGCACUUGCGCCCAACGAGUGUCCCCAUGAUUGCGCACGUUAGCCACAGCAGCAGCAGCAAUCCGAGCACGGGCUACGGCUCCACCUUCGUGUCUGAUGGCGAGUACGCCACCAUGCAGGGGCAGCGGACACGCCGUGUCAGCAUCAACAACAGCCGCCACGACAGCAAGCGAGGCAGCGUAUUGUACGCGCGCACAUCCGUGUCAUCAGCUCUGCAGUCACAACAGUGGCACCAGCAGCACCAGCACCAGCAAUCGCAGCAACAGCAGCAGCAGCAUCCGCAAGCAAGUGUCGGCCAUGCACCGGCGAUGGCGAUUGCCCCUCAACGCCAUGAUUUGGGCGCCCGAAUUCACAUUGAUGAUAUUCCAACGGGUGGUGGUGUCACUGACCAAGAAGAAGCCUACACGUCACUGCAGCAUCUGCCACGCCACGGUGCGUUGCACUUCCAGCAGCAGCAUCUGACAACAGCACGCCCUUCCAUCGAUGCUCGUGCACCCACAAUAACAGCAGCAACACCAACAGUCAUGCCAGCAACAGCAACGCUGACACACACAUUGCAACAUCAGCCAGUUCUAAGUUAUCAAGCCUCGCGUGUGGUUGAUCCUGAGCAAGCAUCUCGUGCCUUCAAGACACGACUGCCGCGACCAUCAGCAGUGCAUCGGCUGGCGUCACCACCACCGCCACUGCCCGAAUCGUUCCCUCGCUCACGCUCACCACCGACAACAACAACAACAAAAACAGCAGCAGCAGCAGGAGCAGCAACAACAGCAACAAUAGCAACAACGACAGAAGCAACACGGGCUGCAUUGGGAAGAGAGCGUGUACCUGGUAAAGAGGUGCAGCAGCCACUUCAGCACAAGUGCGCGUCAAGGAAUGGCACAUCGACGGCACCCCCUGACUUGCCACAUUUUCCCGAACACAACAGUGCACGCCACGAACCAGCACCAUCACCCACGGCCUUGCCACAUGCAGCUGCCGUCGACCGCGUCUCCACCGCAUCUUCUGUGUCGACGCCGCGACCUCCAGCCGCAUUCGACUUUGCACUGUUUCAUUCCAAUCUUGCUGCUUCCCUUUCCUUCACCAGCGACAGCGAGGCCUAG